ACAAACUGAAACGUGCCUUAUCUUGUGCAUCGAUUCGAUUCCAGUAUAAGUAUUAGUAUUUAUUGAUAAGAUGUUUGAUCAAGAAAAUGAAACACGAUCUCCUCAGCGUAAGAAAGUUAGACUGCAGAGGACGAAAGGUCGUGUACCAUUUCAAAUUUUAACCGAUGGUCAACGAAACACAUUUACCUCACCAGUACUGCAACCCAUAGUAAAAAAAUCCAUCAUCAACGAUAUUUCCUCAAAUAGUAUUGGCGGUAUUGUCAAGAAGGUGCAACUUAAUAACUUCAUGUGUCAUGGUAACUUCGAAAUCGAAUUAAAUCCUAGAAUAAAUUUCAUCUCCGGGACAAAUGGUAGUGGUAAAAGUGCCAUACAGACCGCUAUAGCUGUAGGACUUGGUGGAGCUGCUUCGAAGACCAAUCGUUGCUCCUCAGUCAAUGGUUUGAUUAAACACGGAUGCAAUGCUGGCAGUAUUACCAUUACGAUGACUAAUACCGGUCUAAAUUCAUAUAAACCCGAGCAAUAUGGUCGUGAGAUUAAAAUCGUCAGAAGUUUAACAUCUACUUCAAAUUCUUCAUCGUAUCGUAUUUAUAACCAAUGGGGUAAAUUAAUCAGUAGCAAAAAACAAGAGCUAGAUUCGAUCUUGUACCAGUUCAAAAUCUAUCCUAAUAACCCUAUCAGUAUUUUGAAUCAAGACAUGGCCAGAAACUUUCUCAGUUCGAGUAAAGCGGAGCACAAAUACGAUAUGUUCAAGAAAGCUACUCUAUUAGAUGAAGCAGAAGCCAUGCUUAGUAAUAUUACUACCCAAAUCAAGGAUCAGAGAGAACGAAUAGAUGAAAAAGAACUGGUCCUGAAACACCUCGAUAAAGAAAUUGAAUCCAUGAAUGAAAAAAUGCAAAUGAUUGAAAAACUUAAAGAAGCUAAAAAACGAAGAGAAAAAUUAAAGGAUGAAUUGAUGUGGGCUGAAGUAUACGUUUUUCGUGAGGAAUUGGUCAAACUAAAAGACACAUGCGGUGAACACGAAGUGAUUAAAAAUCAAUUCGAACAAAAAAGAAAUGAACUACAGGACGAAAUUACUCACAAAGAGAGUAAAAUUAAUGAAAUACAACUAAAUCUAACAGCGUUACAAAAUGAAUGUCGUAGCAGAGAAGAAUCUAUUCGGAAUCACCGUAAAGAAUACGCAGAAAAAAAAACUCAAUAUCUCGAAAAAUGCGACGAGUAUCAAAAAAUAUCUAAUACAAUUAAAAGUAAAAAAAAUGAUAGAGUUCACCUCCAAGCUUCUCUCGAUGAAAUUGAAAAAGAGGAAAUGGAGCAAAAAUCUAGAAAAGAAGAAAUCUAUAAUAAAAUUGCCCAUUUGCAAGAAAUUUUAUCAGAACGUAAUUGUGAAAACAAGACGUUGCGAGAAGAAAUCUGUAGAUUGAACAAUGUUUAUGCUGAAGCUGAGGACGAGAGGAAAGAAAAAGAACGAAAUAUUACCGAACUGUACUAUGAAAUAAAAGAAAAUAACGAACGAAUUUCUCGAAUGAAAAAAUUCGAUGACUUAUCUCUUUAUGGUUCUUGGAUGCCCAAUCUUAUCACACGAAUCGAAGAAGCUGUCAAAAGAGGAAAAUUCAAGAAACCACCCAGAGGCCCUCUUGGUCGAUAUAUCGAAGUGCAAGAUCGUCAAUGGACAAAUGCAAUUGAAAAUCAUCUCGGUCGUCCUUUGCUUACUUCAUUUUUUGUGGAUAAUGUCGAUGAUCGUAAACAAUUAUAUGAAAUAAUACGUCAAGUUAAACCGCCAUCGUCUUUCGGCAAAUCACCAAUCAUGAAUCGUACUCAAGAAGAAUUCAAGGUACAUUGCAGUCGUUUUCAAGAAGAGGAUCGUACUGAUAUCUUACCUGAAUUUGAAGCAAAAUACAGCAAAUAUAUAAAUCUAUACAGAGCAUUAAAAAUUAAGGACGUUGUAGUAGCUAAUUUUCUAAUGGAUUUCAAAUCAAUCCACCAAGUGCUACUUAUCGCAGAUAAAGCAACAUGUCGUCGAUCAAUGGAAACUCGACAAUGGUCUAGCAACGUAAAACUAGUUAUCAAUCAGAAUGCUGACAGUUAUCUCGAAGAAGGCAAAUUUUAUUCAAAUAUGUACAGAACUGAGGCCAAAUUGUUACAAAGAAACGUCUCUGAUCACAUCAGAUUGUUUAAAGAGAAAACAGCCGAGAGGAAAAAACUAUACAGGGAAGAAACAAACGAACAUAUUUUGAUCAAGAAAAAUUUGAGAAUUACUCAAAAAGAAAUAGAACGUUUGCAUCACGAAUCGGCCAAGUGUCACCAUGAAAUCUUUCAAAUCGAAAGAGAGAUUGACAAGUUGAAAAAUACUGUUGAGGAGGAAAUGCCUUGUUUGAAAACGAAACUGGAAGAAUUGAAUAGUUUGGAAGAAGAAAUUGCUGAGUUGGAAGAACAUAAAAAGAUCGCAAGUGAAGAUCAGGAAAGACUGGGAGAUGAAAUGAAUCAAGCUAAAAGUCUUCUGAAUACAUCCAGUGAUGAAGGUGACACAGCAUUUCAAUCUGCAGAGUUACAUCUAAAAUUAGAAAAUUUAAAAAAAGACAUCGAAAGGCUGCAGAAACGAAUUGAAACCUUCGAUAAAAAAAUCGACGAACAAGAUUCUCAAAUAAAUGAAAUUCAAAUUAGAAUUGAAAUAAUUCGCGAGCAACUCAAAGAACAGUGUAUUCAAGUUUCCAGAUAUUCUUUAGCAGCAGAACCGCUCGAAAAUGAAAGAAGGUUGUUGCAGAACGUAAAAGAUGAUCUGAGCGAAAUAGCAGCGUUCAUCGAAGAAGUUGAAAAAACAUUGGGAAAGGAGGGCCUGCGUUUCGAAAAAGAAUUUCUUGAGAAAAAAAUGACCCAUACUAAAUUUAAAAUGACGUUGAGAGAAUUGAAGAAAUUGCACGAGAAAUAUGAGUCGAUGGGCUUGGAUCGUGCAAAAACGAUUAGUAACAUGCGAGAUCUAUGCGCCGGUGUUGUAUUUACCCAAUUUGAAAAAGUUAUCCGCAGUCGAAAUUACCGAGGAAAAUUAUUAUUCGAUCAUAAAAAAAGUACGCUGGAUAUUCUACUCGCUCCUCCAGAUAGCGGAAAUAACUUCAUGAAUACCGAAUCUUUAUCUGGCGGCGAAAAAUCUGUUUCUACGGUAGCCUUCCUUAUGGCAUUAUGGUCUAAUAUGGACUUACCAUUCUAUUCGAUGGACGAAUAUGAUGUUUUUAUGGAUGCCAUUAAUCGCCGAACUAUUACAAGUUUAUUAACGUCGUUUGCUACUGCACAGAAAUCCAGCCAGUUUAUUUUUCUCACGCCUUUGGAUGUGUCAUUAAUUCAACCCGGACCAGAUGUUGCAGUUCAUAGGAUCAAGAAAAUAUUGUGAUUCACUCAAUGAAAUUUUUGUAUAUUUUUUAAAAAUCUGUGAUAAAUAAUGUUUCAUUAUUUCCCAACCAUCGCGUAAUGUUCCUGUUAUGAAAGUAGAAAAUAAUUUAUUUAUUUUAAUAAUUUUAUUUAUAAGUGUUUCAUUAUGAUUCCAACCUACUGAUAGAAUUAAUUACAGUAUUUUAUUUUGCAAAA